GUGAGUUCGAUCGACCCCUUGCGAUUCGACUGGGAAAUGACAAGUUCUUUCUAGGACUUGUUGGGAGACGUUGAUUCUGCGUAUGGCGGAGACGAAAUGUACGUCGGUGGAACCCAAUAUUGGUGCCAGCUCGGUUCUCUCGCUGACCACCAGCGGGGAAAAGAGCGAGUUACACGAGUUCCCUGAGCUAUAGCGCCACGGACUACAAAUGGGAACAUGGUCGGCGGUAUCACAGUUUCAGGGAAGGGAGUAAGGCACCACCGAUGUUGCGAAGCUCAGCCAGCGAGCGCUAAAGCCUCACGCAGCUUAUAACUUCCCCAAUGACGAGCAAGAACAGAAGCGCUACGACAUCAUGCACGAGGUGUUUCUCACGGCGAUGGACGGCCAACAUUUUUUGGCCCCGCUGAAUCAAGACUUGGGUCGCAUCUUGGACGUCGGCACGGGCACAGGAAUCUGGGCGAUUCAAAUCGGCGAUAUGUUCCCAUCUGCCAUAGUGAUUGGCAACGACCUAAGUCCCAUCCAGCCACAGUGGGUACCGCCGAAUGUAAGGUUUGAGGUCGACGAUGUCGAAAGCGAGUGGCAAUAUUCACAACCGUUCGACUUUGUCCACUGUCGCUAUAUGGCAGGGUCCAUCGCAGACUGGCCUCGUCUAAUGUCCCAGUGCUACAAUCAUCUAAAACCAGGCGGAUGGGUCGAGUUUCAAGACUUCGAUCUGCGCAAUUACUCGCAGGACGAUUCCAUCCCGCCCGACAACAAGGUGCUGGAAUGGUACAACACGCUCUUGGAAGGCUGUGAGAGAAUCGGCCGGACUGCUUCUCCGGGCCAGCACCUGAAAUCCUGGAUCCAAGACGCCGGAUUCGUGAACGUCCAUCAGAAAAUUUUUAAACUGCCUCUGGGGGCUUGGCCGAAAGAUGAGAGGAUGAAACGCGUUGGUGCCCUAAAUCUUUUCCAGCUUCUCGAAGGCCUCGAAGGUCUCACACUAGCGCUUUUUACGAGAGCUCUAGGAUGGUCCCCCGAGGCCAUUCACGCGUACCUAGUAGGAGUCAGGCAAGACGCGAUGAAGAAAAGAGUGCAUAUGAUCCACGACUUUCAUGUCGUCUAUGCACAAAAGCCUAAACACAGCUCGACAUGAUUCUAGUGAUUGGAGACGGUGUUUCCCUUCAGCCGGCGGCCGGACUUGACGAGGGAGUAUACACAACGGAAAAGCGAAUAAGGUUAACUCAAAAAGGAGGACUACGUGUCAACUUUCAAUGUCCCACCCCAUUCAUUUACCAUGGAAAUUUCACCGUUUCAGGAUUGGCAGCGCCGCAGUGGUUCGCGAAACCUGAGGCGUCGAAGAUAGCAGGCAGGUGGUGUCCUACGGCUUCGAACCUCUCGGACAAAUUUCAAGUCCUUCCGUGCAUUGUUAUAGGCUUCGGUCGAGUUGAUCAGUGAUCCUCGACUACUACGAGAUACUGCCAACCACUUCGAGUCAGGACAUGAGAUGGCCAAGCGACCAUAGAUUGAGCGAGAUGGAGUUUUCGAUCGAGGGAUCUGCUGGCUGCCACGGUGUCGGAGAUGACGGGACCUUCCGGGCGGAGGGGAGGCGGAAAGCUCACUAUAAAUUUUGUAAAACCAGCACCUGCUCCAUUCUGGCAUCGGAAACCGGCCACCUACGCACGCACCCGGAUGUCUGAAUACUAUGUACUAUAGUACUCCGCACGAUUCAACCGCGCAUCUGGCAGGUCGCGCCGCCAGGCCCCAAAGUUAAAACGAAGCUUAGCCAGCAGUGUAUGGGUGAGCAUCUGCUAGGAUUCCUGGCGGGCCCGUCUGCAAUAGAUAUCUGUCUAGCUGGGAGGUAAGUACUAGCAUACCUGAUCGCAAGAGGCCAGAUUAGACACCCUAUCAUGAUUGCUCGGAGAGUACUCAGCCAAGGCUCAAAGGGGACCUCUAAGCCUCACCAAUUAGCCCGAAUUGGCUUCUGCGAAUGGGCAUCAG